AGGCUACACUGUGUCUGUAAUCUCGGUAAGCAUAGAAUCUUUAUCCCAACCCGGCAGUGACCGUUGUGCGACGUUCGGUUGGGGUCAUAAACAUGGCGUGGAGAGGAUAUUUUGUCAAAUGGACCAAAACAGAAUGUAUAAAUUCUGUCUCCACAGUUUCGAGAGGUAGCAGGUUCACCCUCCACCCCCAGCAGAGGUGUGGUUUCCGGAAAGAAGCAAGGAAACCAGAGACAUGGAAGAGGGACCGGGUCAUCCCAGAAGAAACGGGCCCCCCCCCCUCUGAGGCUGCCGAUGCGGUGGUGUCUCGGAAAGCGGUGCCCCCUAAAUCAGGACCCCCACCCCCUGGCGCGGCCCCCAGGCGUACUGGGAAGCUGUUCAAGCCCUUUAUGUUCACAAUAGGGUUUACAGGGUGCUCCUUUGGUGCGGCCGCCAUCUUGCAAUACGAGUCCUUGAAGUCACGAGUGAAGACGGCCAAGGACGAGGCUGAGCAGGAGAAAAACGGAAAGGCAUCACAAGACAUGACAUACUGGCACAACUGGUGGAACCAGCUAACAUACUUCCAGAAACAGGUCAUCCUGCUCAUGUCCUUUGUAGACGAUUUCUGGAGCAGCCUGACUGAGGGUCAGCAGAUGGCCACUGGGAUCAUAGCGGUCAAUGCUGUGGUGCUCUGCUGUUGGCGAAUACCCUCCAUGCAACGAUUCAUGGUCAAGUACUUUACUGCCAACCCAGCCUCCAAGACGCGGUGCCUUCCCAUGCUCCUCUCCACCUUCAGCCAUUACUCUAUAAUCCACAUGGCGGCCAACAUGUACGUCCUGUGGACCUUCUCCUCCAGCAUCGUCUCUCUCCUGGGGAAGGAGCAGUUCCUCGCUGUCUAUCUCUCUGCUGGCGUGAUCUCCACUAUGGUGAGCUACUUGUGUAAGACCAGCACGGGACGCCUGCAUCCCUCUCUUGGGGCGUCAGGGGCCAUCAUGACGGUCCUGGCCGCGGUCUGCACCAAGAUGCCCGAGGCCAAACUGGGAAUCAUCCUCCUGCCCAUGGUCAGCUUCACUGCAGGCAACGCCUUGAAAGCGAUCGUUGCCAUGGAUGCAGCGGGGCUCAUUAUGGGAUGGAGGCUGUUUGAUCAUGCUGCUCACCUUGGAGGAGCCCUCUUCGGAGUGUGGUAUGUAGCAUAUGGCCACAAGCUGAUGUGGAGGAAGAGGGAGCCACUGGUCAAGGCAUGGCACAGCAUGAGAUCUCAGGCCCCUGGUGGACGGGGCAGGCCUGGGGGUUCGGGCGGCGACGGGGGCAGACCUGGACCCCCAACAUAGCACUCUGGGAAGUUGGCCCAUAACCACUGAUCAGGUGUCAGAUAUUCCUCACCCCAAUUGGUUAGGAUUGGCUGUAGGGGGUAUCAGAACCUAAAUCUGUGGUUAGGGGCAAUCUUCUACCUCAAGAAGCCUUUUUUUGGUACUUAUGCCUGGUGAUAUCCAGCUGACAGCUGUGGAGGGCGGGACCCAGCACCCCAAACCUUUGUUUUUCUAAUUUGGCGCGUUCCUCUGCCCAGGCGUUGCUGACGCAUGCCUUAUCUGAUGUCUGGAUAGGUAUUUUAAGUAUCAGCCAACCACAUCAUAUGUUAUAGCAAUCUGGAGCCCGACGGCACAGUCAAUGACGUGGCACGCAACCAUUGGUUGAUGCAUGCAACAUCUGAGCAGGGGAAUGCAACCAAUCUAAUCAGAGAGAGUGGACAUAUUUGUGACUUAAGAUGGCAGUCUUGUUUUAGGAGGAUUUCAGACAGUACUCUAUUGUAACUAAUGGAUGAAUGAUUCAUUUGGUUUGAUAACAGUGACUGUACUCUAGUACAGAUGAUGUUGGCUUUAUCAUUAUGGGGUAGUUUCUAUGAAGAUGUGAGAUGUUACCAUAGAGAUAUUGUAUUACAUAAUGUAUUCAUAUUCUAUGUCCAUGGUUGAUACAGAGACUGCUUCCUGUUCUCUAAACCUGACUUCCUGUUUGUAAGGAAGUGGUUAACGGAGAAUGACCGUCCUGGACUAAAACAAAAAACUUCCUCAUUGACCAUAAGAACUUCAACUUCCUUGUAGUAUGUAGGUGUGCUGGCGCUGCCAGAGGUUUCUGAAAGGUUGAGGUGCUUAUCUUGGUAAAACAUUUUGUAAAUCCUGAGCCUUACAAAAAAAGGUACAUAACACGCCAAAAAUGUCCUCAACACUGCGGUACUCUUUUAUUAAAAAGGUCACCAUCUUCA